AUGACUGAGCCAAGCACCAAAAUACGCAAGGGCAGACAACGGCGACCCCGUGUACCUGACUCGCUGCGAAAGAGGGCGGCACAAGCUGCUAGAGAGCCGUUAGAACAGCACGCCAACGAAUUUCAAAUGAAACGAAUUAUCACUCACUUGCUGGGUGACAUCUCUUUCGAGACUAGCAGCCUGCAGAAAAUUGCAGACACUCUAGAUCAGGGUCAGGGACAGGGGCAGUCGGAUAGUGAUUCAGUUGAUUCAAACGAAUCUACUCCGACAAAUGACUACUCUAUUGACCCUCUUUCAACUAGCACAAUGCCUACUUUCCGCGAGAAGCUGGACUUCUACUAUGCCACUGAGCACCCUCUAUCGAUCAAUGACGCUGGCUGGAUAUGCACUCUUCUCAUGACUUUCGCAAUCGGUACACAGUUUGCGCAUAUGCAGACUAAACCGAUACCUGGUAGUAGUGCCUCUACUACUGAAACUAGUCCUGAUGACCAAAUAGGGUUGGAGCUCUAUCGGUUUUCUUGUCGACUCAUUCCGGAUCUUAUCACAGUUGCAAGUGUGGAGACUGUCCAGGCCUUCUUACUUCUGGGUGUGUAUACUUUGCCAAUCGACACAGCAGGUUUGGCGUACGUUUACUAUGGCCUCGCAAUUAAGAUGGCAAUUCAAAACGGCAUGCACCGCAAGCUGUUUGAAGGCAAUGUUGCCCCAGAUAUGGUUGAGGUGCGAAAUCGCCUUUGGUGGUCUGCAUAUUCCCUGGAAAGUCGCAUCAGUAUUCUACAUGGCCGUCCUGUAUCUGUGUCUCCGAUCGAAAUCGAUACCCCCAUGCCUGUCGAUCUCCCGGCUCUACGACCAACUGACCAAUUGACCAACCUACCCAACUUCACCGCUACGAUAGUCUUGACAAAUUAUUUGGCAAAGGCUGCGGAAGCGAUGAGGUCCCCUGCGGCGUUGCCAGAGGGCCAGAAAGAAAAGAUAUCUUCGGCAACUUGCCACAACCCGCGAUCAACUAGGCUCAUGGUGGGAGGGACAACUUUGAUCUAUAUGGGCCGUCCUUUCAUCAUAUCUCAAGCCACAUCUGGGUCAUUCAACCUGGACUCGGGUUCAACCGUUCACGAAGUCCCAGAUAUUGUGAACACUCUUCGACAAGACUCACUUCAUGCGGCACUUAGAGUGAUCGAGCUUUGUCAGCUUUUACAAGAUUCCGUCGGCCUCGCACGUGUCUCAUACACCGAAUUCAAUGGGUGCCGCGUUGCUUUAUUAGCGCUCAUUGCCCAUAGCAUCAACGAACCAACAACCAGGAUCUCCGGUGUCUUGACUCAAGGCAUGGGGCUUAUCCGCCAGAUUUGUCCCGGGCUAGAAUCCGCGCGAUCUGAAGUGGCUGUCAUCGAAGCGCUUGAGCGGGCAAGGCAACGGCUGUAUAGUCAUACCGUGGCAGAACAGAGCGGCGUGACAGAUCAUACAACAGGCUAUGAUCAAUUUAAAGAAUGGGCAAAACUUUGGAGAGGUGAUCCGCUUGAUAAUAGCGAUGUCCCCGUCUCGACAAAUUUGGACAUGCCGUCUGAACAACGCUCUCCUAACUCUGUCCCUUCUUUUGAUGGAUUUUUCUCGUCUUUCCCUGAUGAGCUGGUUGAAUUUGCCGCCAUCCCUGGGCUAGACUACGAUUUGUCACUAGCCCAGGAUUGGUUAGGUGACCCUCAACCUGAGGGUUCCGACUGGAUCAUAAACUAA